CGCGCCUGCGCUCUGCCUGCCGGCUUCCUCGGGAGCGUGCGGCUCUCGGGGCGGCGCUCCACCUUCCCCUGCGGCCCGGGUCUCCAGCCUGACACGCCCUUGAGCCAAGGACCAUGAACCGCAGCCGCCAGGUGACCUGCGUGGCCUGGGUCCGCUGCGGCGUGGCCAAAGAGACGCCAGACAAGGUAGAGUUAAGUAAAGAUGAAGUAAAACGUCUCAUUGCUGAAGCAAAGGAGAAGCUACAAGAAGAGGGUGGCAGUGAAGAAGAGGAGACAGGCAAUCCUUCAGAAGAUGGCAUGCAGAGCGCCCGCACCCAGGCACGACCAAGGGAACCCCUGGAGGAUGGCGACCCAGAGGAUGACCGCACCCUAGAAGACGAUGAGUUGGCUGAGUAUGACCUAGACAGAUACGACGAGGACGGCGACCCAGAUGCUGAGACUCUUGGUGAAUCUCUCCUGGGUCUUACAGUAUAUGGGAGUAAUGAUCAAGAUCCUUAUGUUACUCUGAAAGAUACGGAACAAUAUGAGCGUGAAGAUUUCUUGAUUAAGCCCAGUGACAAUCUCAUAGUUUGUGGCAGAGCUGAACAGGAACAGUGCAAUUUAGAGGUGCAUGUUUAUAAUCAAGAAGAAGAGUCUUUCUAUGUACACCAUGAUAUACUCUUGUCUGCAUAUCCUCUCAGUGUGGAAUGGCUGAAUUUUGAUCCCAGCCCAGAUGAUUCUACAGGAAAUUACAUUGCUGUGGGAAACAUGACCCCUGUUAUUGAAGUGUGGGACCUUGAUAUAGUGGACUCUUUAGAGCCAGUCUUCACACUCGGAAGUAAACUUUCAAAAAAGAAGAAAAAGAAAGGAAAGAAGAGCUCCUCAGCAGAAGGGCAUACGGAUGCUGUCCUGGACCUUUCAUGGAACAAGCUGAUCAGAAACGUGCUGGCAAGUGCGUCGGCUGACAGCACAGUCAUUUUGUGGGACAUGUCCUUGGGGAAGCCAGCAGCCAGCCUCGCUGUGCACACAGACAAGGUCCAGACUCUGCAGUUUCAUCCAUUUGAAGCACAGACUCUAAUUUCUGGAUCAUAUGAUAAGUCGGUGGCUCUGUAUGACUGCCGAAGUCCAGAUGAAAGCCAUCGCAUGUGGCGGUUCAGCGGGCAGAUUGAGAGAGUGACCUGGAAUCAUUUUUCACCUUGUCAUUUUUUGGCCAGUACAGAUGAUGGCUUUGUAUAUAAUUUGGAUGCACGUUCAGAUAAGCCGAUUUUUACACUCAAUGCACACAAUGAUGAGAUCUCUGGUCUUGAUCUCAGCAGUCAAAUCAAGGGCUGUCUUGUGACAGCGUCAGCAGACAAAUAUGUGAAGAUCUGGGACAUCUUAGGAGACAGACCAAGUCUAGUUCAUUCCAGGGACAUGAAGAUGGGAGUUCUCUUCUGUUCGUCAUGCUGUCCUGAUUUGCCAUUUAUUUACGCCUUUGGAGGUCAGAAAGAAGGGCUUCGUGUCUGGGAUAUCAGCACCGUCUCCUCGGUAAAUGAAGCAUUUGGAAGACGAGAAAGGCUUGUUCUCAGCAACGCCAGAAGCUCAUCUGUUAGUGGCCCUUUUGGGAGCAGGAGCUCGCACACGCCCAUGGAGACUUGAUGAGCAUCAUAAAAUCGCCUGGUUGGCCUGGCUUAACCCAGUGUGUUAAAAAGUGGGCCCAAGAACGUCCCCAUGCAGCUACAGCCAUGCAGGGAUGGAAACAAAAUCGGUUCCUACUGCCUCACAUUCCUUUCUGUGGCUGUAGUGGCGACACAGAGUGGGGCCUUGUGCUGGCCUCCAGGUGGGUGGUGUGUGGGUUACUGUUGGAUUUCUUGAAAAUAAUAAAAAGGAUUUUU